AAAUCCACUCCGGUCCAGCAGGGGACAGCAAUGCUUUACUAAGUGGCAUGAUUUUUGGACGGUAUCCCUCGAGGGACAAACAAGACAAAGCUAUCGCGGUUUCUGCUAAAAAGUUUCGAAGUGCAGUUGGCAGCGACACUUCGAAUGGUUUGUUCGGUAACAUGGCUCUUUACAGUCGCGUUUCAGGGUCUGUUGGGCUGAUUACUCUCCAAAACCCGCCUGUUAAUGCUCUGAGUGCGGUGGUGAGGCAGAGUCUGAUUGACUUGAUGGACAGAGCUCUCAGUGAACCAGAGGUGAAGUCUGUGGUCAUCUGUGGGCAGAAUGGAAAAUUCUGUGGAGGCGCAGACAUCAAGGAGUUCAGAUCAGACAUGACUGGGCCGCCCCUGGUACCAAUGAUUGAUCGAUUGGAGUUGUCAUCCAAACCAGUGGUUGCAGCCAUAGAGGGUGUCGCCCUAGGUGGAGGCCUCGAGUUAGCACUUGGCUGUCACUACCGUGUCGCACACUCUAAGACCCGGUUAGGACUUCCAGAGGUGACUCUGGGUCUGCUGCCCGGUGCGGGGGGAACCCAGCGUCUGCCGAGGCUCGUUGGAAUCCCAGCAGCCUUGGAGCUCAUCACCACAGGUCGUCAUGUGACCGCUGCCGAGGCUCUUCAGCUGGGACUAGUUGACUUUGUGACUGAUCAUAACACCAUUGAAGCAGCUGUGAAGUUGGCCUUGAGCGUUGCAGGUAAAUCACUGGAUUCACGUCGCAUCAGCACCUGUAAGUGCCCACGCCCUCCUUAUGCGGAUGCUCUGUUCGAGGAAGCGAUGCAGCGGGUACGGCGAAGUGCCCGAGGAGCCAUUGCACCGGUUGCGUGUGUCCAGGCGGUUCACGCAGCCGCCACUUUGCCCUUUGCUCGUGGCAUGGAGCAGGAAAAACAGCUGAUGGCGACGCUCUUCACCUCGGGUCAGGCGCGCGCUCUACAGUACCAGUUCUUUGCCCAGAGAGCUGUCAGCAGGUGGAGCACUCCCAGUGGAGCCCGCUGGGACACCAGCAAGCCCAGGCCUGUGCACAAAGUAGCUGUCAUUGGACUUGGCACCAUGGGACGAGGUAUAACGGUGGCCCUCGCACAGGCAGGGCUGUCGGUGGUUGCCGUGGAGACCCACGAGAAGCAGCUGAUGGAAGCAAAGCGGGUGGUGUCGGGUAUGUUGGAGCGAGGAGCCAAGAGACUUGGGGCCCCACCCGCUCUAGAUAAAAUCAAUUACAGCUGUGAGAUCCAGGCCGUGGCAGAUGUUGACCUCGUCAUCGAAGCUGUGUUUGAGGACAUGGUGGUGAAGAAGACGGUCUUCCGGCAGUUGUCGGCCAUAUGCAAGCCGGGUACGUUCCUCUUCACAAACACCUCUGGGCUAGACAUCGACGAGCUGGCCGCUCAAACCCGGAACCCAGAGCUGGUGGUGGGGAUGCACUUCUUCGCUCCAGCUCAUGUGAUGAAGCUGCUGGAGGUGGUGUACGGACGACGGUCGUCGUCUCAAGCCGUGGCCACCGCCAUGAAGAUUGGAAAGAACAUGGACAAAAUCAGCGUGGCGGUCGGGAACUGCAGCGGCUUUGUGGGAAACCGAAUGCUGAGGCCCUAUCUGGAUCAAGCCUUCUUUCUUCUGGAAGAGGGAGCAACACCGGAGCUUGUAGACCAAGCGCUGGAGGAGUUUGGGUUUGCCAUGGGCGUGUUCAGAAUGUCCGACCUCUCCGGGCUCGACAUUGGCUGGAAAGUCAGGAAAGCAAAGGAGAUGGUUUCUAAGACCCACCAAGACUGCAGGUACAGCCCGCUGGGGGACCUGCUCUGUGAGCGGGGAAGGUUCGGUCAGAAAACGGGAAGAGGAUGGUAUCAGUACGACAAACCUGGCGGUCGAGUGGCUAAACCUGAUCCUUGGCUGCACAGCUUCCUGGAGAAGUAUCGAGCCCAGCGUGGCUUUGUGGCACGCCGCAUAGAUCACCAGGAGGUUCUGGAGCGGUGUCUCUACGCGCUGAUAAACGAGGGCUUCCGCAUUCUUGAGGAUAGAAUCGCCUCAGGACCGGAAGACAUCGACGUCAUCUAUGUGCUCGGCUACAGCUGGCCCCGGCACCGUGGGGGGCCCAUGUUCUACGCUCAGAUGGUGGGUCUGAGCAGGAUCCUGGAGAAGCUGGAGUACUACCAUCAGCUGCACCUGGAUAUUCCCAGCCUGCAGCCCUGCAGCCUGCUCAGGAAGCUGGUGGCCAACGGCAGACCACCAAUCCACAAGUGGGUGGAGGUCAUCAAGAACCCCCACAGCCAUCUUUAAAAAGAAUCACCAAAUAUGAUUCACAGUCUUACUGUGUGUGUGUGUGUGUGUGUGUGUGUGUGUGUGUGUGUGUGUGUGUGUGUGUGUGUGUGUGUGUGUGUGUGUGUGUGUGUGUGUGUGUGUGUGUGUGUGUGUAUUUAUUUACUUACACACACACAGUUUAAUACUGGAAUAAAACAAAUCAAUCCUUGUAAAUCUACUAUAUUUCAGAUAAUUAAAGCACAAUUUUGCUAAGAAUAACAUGUGAGAGCAAUUAAGAGUAAAAAAAAAUAACAGUCAGUGGUUUGAAAAUGGAGUAUUUAGAGACGGAGCCAAGUCAUUUGAAUGCUAAUUUGCAAUAAUGAGAGCUAAUGACAGAGGUUGUAAAAUCUAGAGCUGCAGCCUCAGCAGAAACAGGAAAAGCUGUUUACAUGGAUGGCCGUGGCAAGAAAGGACCUCCUGUAAUGUUCAGAGGAGUCUUCAGUCAGCAAGAGUCUAAAUUUCUCUGGAGGAAAUGCAUUUAAACAAUAGUCCUCUUAAAUAAACUGAAACGUUUACUGUUUGCAGUGCCUACACUCUAAACAUUGAAAUGUUGAAUUACCUAGAGAUGCCUUAUGCAAGAAUGAAGAAAGUAGUUUAUGGCAGUUGUAAUUCUGCUCUCAACCAGUAGGGGGAGAAACAGGAAAUUUCAGUGCUACUUUGAUACCAUCUGGUUUAGAUAUGGCAGAAAAAUGCCAUAAAAUACCAUUAAAUAAUUGUUAAAUUUGUAAUCUCUGUUUACAUGACUCUUUUGUAAGCUAACUGUUCUAUUCUUGUAUGUUUUGUUGAUUUGCUUACUGCAAAAUACCGACUUAAUCUAAUCCAGGGGUCUGCAGUCUGCAGCUCUUUGUAGUUUUAACCAAAGAUUACAUCAAAAUGUGUUAUCUCUGUUUUCAUAAUCACUAAAAUAAAGAUUUUAGCUGUUUUCCUGUUCAGUUUUAUGCAAACGUGAGACAAAAACUUCUGGGUUUUGCACAGAUACGACAGUGCUUAAAGAAAUUAGGGCAAGUUAUUUUGAUAAACAACUUUGCUUUGAUAAAAUAAUAUGUUUUAAAUUGAAUGCAAAUCUAACAAUUUUAUGUUCAGAUUAUUUUGGAUGAGGGAUUAUUAAUUUUUCACAAACACUGAUAGGUGUUUAUAUUUAAUCCAAAAAACUAAACUUAAAUUAUGAUGCUGCUGUUGCACAUGAUGCUGUGAUAAAAUACAUUUCUAACCAGUAAACAGUUUUAAUAUAUUUCAGGUGUGUUUUUGUGACUUUGCAGGUGAUGCAUAACCGCAGUGGUUACAGAUACUGGCCUUAAUAUUUUCCAAAUAUUAUUCUAAGAACCAGUUUUUUUUUUACUUUUAUGCUCUUUUAAAAGUGUUUCUAAACAUGUUUUAAACAUGUUUGCUGCAUGUAUUAUAAUGAGAUGUAUAAAUAAAAACAUUUUACUGAG